AUCACAAUCAGAGGAUUCCGAGUAAAUGCAUUAAUAGACCCUAGAGCCACUGGAUGUCUAAUCUCACCCAAAGUGGUAGAGAAAUACAAUUUGCCUUACUAUAAUAAGGAAAACCCUAUGUGGUUGGAGAUGGCAGAUGGGACGUUUUCCCAAGGAUACGGCAAAGGCUAG